GAGUUAAAAGUGAUUUCGGAAUCCGCCGUUUGUGGUUCCCGUCGGACAAUUGGAAGCGAGAGAGAGAGGAGCAGAAGUUGGGGGGCCCACCGACGGGAGGGAGAAAAAUUUCCGCCAGAGAGAGAGAGGGAGAGAGAUUUGGGGCUGGGUUGUGCAUUCCGGCUUUGAGAUUUUCUCCUCUAAAUUCUAUAAUUCGAACCCUAAUAAGCAUUUUCCCCCGCAACCCCCAUCAUUUUCCCGGAAAAUUCUCCCUGUUUGAAGGCUGUGCCACAACGUACGCCCUAGCGUUUCGCUUUUCCGAGGGAUUUUGAGCUCGAAAGGGAUUGGAUUCGAUAUGUUCAUCAGAGAUGCGAAUUGGUGAUAAUUGGAGCUCCGAUCUCGACUGUAAGGUAGAAUUUGGAGGGGUGAAGAGAUGGAUGUUGAUUCGUCGAUGGGGUCGGAGGCCGAUCACGAUUCCGCCGGCCCCAAUCAGAACGGCCUGACUUCCGAACAGCACGAACAGCCUCCGGCAGCCGGCUCUGGAUCUCCUCCGCAGACGCAGACGCAGCCGCAGCCGCAGUCGCCGCCGUCGUCUCAGCAACAGCAGCAGAGCCCCGUGGUCGGGCCCCGUACUGCGCCCACGUACUCGGUGGUGAAUGCCAUCUUAGAGAAGAAAGAGGACGGUCCGGGCCCUAGGUGCGGCCACACGUUGACGGCUGUCGCUGCUGUUGGAGAGGAAGGGACGCCGGGUUAUAUUGGGCCACGGCUGAUUCUCUUCGGCGGUGCUACAUCUCUAGAGGGCAAUUCUGCCGCUUCAGGCACUCCGUCAUCAGCUGGAAGUGCUGGAAUAAGGUUAGCAGGGGCCACUGCUGAUGUACACUGUUAUGAUGUAUUGACAAAUAAAUGGUCUAGGAUUACACCCUUGGGGGAUCCCCCUACGCCUAGGGCAGCACAUGUGGCCACUGCUGUUGGUACUAUGGUGGUUAUCCAGGGUGGAAUUGAUCCAGCUGGUUUGUCUGCUGAGGACCUUCAUGUUCUUGAUCUAACACAACAACGGCCACGAUGGCAUAGGGUUGUUGUGCAAGGUCCUGGACCAGGGCCACGUUAUGGGCAUGUUAUGGCUCUUGUAGGGCAAAGGUACCUGAUGGCAAUUGGUGGAAAUGAUGGCAAGCGACCUUUGGCUGAUGUGUGGGCACUUGACACAGCUGCCAAGCCAUAUGAAUGGCGGAGAUUGGAACCGGAAGGAGAAGGUCCACCUCCAUGCAUGUAUGCAACUGCAAGUGCACGGUCAGAUGGUCUUCUUCUGCUUUGUGGAGGGAGGGAUGCUAGCAGUGCGCCACUAGCAAGUGCAUAUGGACUUGCAAAACACAGAGAUGGACGAUGGGAAUGGGCAAUUGCUCCUGGUGUUUCACCGUCUCCUAGAUACCAACAUGCAGCAGUUUUUGUUAAUGCACGACUUCAUGUUUCUGGAGGUGCUCUUGGUGGUGGGCGGAUGGUGGAGGACUCAUCCAGUGUUGCUGUUCUGGAUACUGCAGCAGGAGUUUGGUGUGAUACAAAGUCCGUUGUCACUAGUCCUAGGACAGGCAAAUACAGUGCUGAUGCUGCUGGUGGAGAUGCAGCAGUUGAACUGACAAGGCGCUGUAGGCAUGCUGCUGCUGCUGUUGGUGACCUCAUAUUUAUCUAUGGUGGUCUACGCGGUGGGGUGUUACUUGAUGACCUCUUAGUUGCUGAAGAUUUAGCUGCUGCUGAGACAACAACUGCAGCUUCACAUGCUGCAGCAGCAGCAGCUGCAUCUAAUGUACAGUCAGGGAGGUUACCUGGAAGGUAUGGAUUUGUUGAUGAAAUGGCCAGGCAAACGAUUCCUGAAGCAAUUGCUGAUGGUGCUGUUGUGUUGGGAAAUCCAGUUGCCCCUCCUGUAAAUGGUGAUAUGUAUACUGACAUUAGCAGUGAAAAUGCGAUGCUGCAGGGUUCUCGGAGAUUGAGUAAAGGUGUUGAGUACUUGGUUGAGGCUGCAGCAGCAGAAGCUGAGGCUAUUACUGCUACCUUGGCUGCUGCCAAAGCACGCCAAGUUAAUGGAGAAGUUGAAUUGACGGAGAGGGAUGGGGGGCCUGAGGCUACCCCCAGUGGGAAACAGAUAUCCACCUUAAUUAAGCCAGAUUCUGCUGCAUCAAAUAAUUCAGCUCCUGCUGGUGUGCGAUUACAUCACAGAGCUGUCAGUAUCAAAGAUACCAAAAUUGCUGUGUUGGAUUUUGUUUUUCAAGUAGUUGUGGCUGCAGAAACUGGUGGAGCAUUAGGUGGCAUGGUCAGACAACUUUCAAUUGAUCAAUUUGAGAAUGAAGGACGGCGAGUCAGCUACGGGACACCAGAAAAUGCAACUGCUGCAAGGAAACUUCUCGACCGGCAAAUGUCUAUCAACAGUGUGCCUAAAAAGGUGAUAGCUCAUCUUCUUAAGCCUCGUGGUUGGAAGCCUCCUGUCCGCCGGCAAUUCUUUUUGGAUUGCAAUGAAAUAGCAGAUCUUUGUGAUAGUGUUGAGAGGAUAUUUUCAAGUGAGCCUAGUGUUCUAAAACUCCGGGCUCCUAUCAAGAUAUUUGGUGAUUUGCAUGGGCAAUUUGGGGAUCUUAUGCGACUUUUUGACGAGUAUGGUUCCCCUUCAACUGCUGGGGACAUAGCAUAUAUAGAUUACCUCUUCUUAGGAGACUAUGUUGAUCGGGGCCAGCACAGCUUGGAAACCAUUACUCUCCUGCUGGCUCUUAAGAUAGAGCAUCCCAACAAUGUACAUUUGAUACGUGGGAACCAUGAAGCUGCUGAUAUCAAUGCCCUCUUUGGUUUCCGAAUUGAGUGUAUUGAGCGUAUGGGUGAGAGAGAUGGAAUCUGGGCAUGGCAUCGAAUAAACAGAUUGUUUAAUUGGCUCCCUCUGGCAGCUCUUAUUGAGAAAAAAAUUAUCUGUAUGCAUGGCGGCAUUGGAAGGUCAAUAAAUCAUGUGGAACAGAUUGAGAGUCUUCAGCGCCCAAUAACAAUGGAAGCUGGCUCUAUAGUUCUCAUGGAUUUGCUGUGGUCUGAUCCAACAGAAAAUGAUAGUGUGGAAGGAUUGCGACCAAAUGCUAGAGGUCCUGGGUUGGUUACUUUCGGGCCUGAUCGCGUGAUGGAAUUUUGCAACAACAAUGAUCUCCAAUUGAUUGUAAGAGCACAUGAAUGUGUUAUGGAUGGUUUUGAGCGUUUCGCCCAGGGGCAUUUGAUUACUUUGUUCUCAGCCACCAAUUAUUGUGGAACUGCUAAUAAUGCAGGUGCAAUCUUAGUUUUGGGUAGGGAUCUUGUAGUGGUUCCAAAACUCAUUCACCCAUUGCCGCCAGCAAUUUCGUCUCCUGAAGGAUCACCUGAACGGCACAUAGAAGACACAUGGAUGCAGGAGCUAAAUGCAAAUAGACCACCAACACCAACUCGAGGUCGUCCUCAAGUUGCCAGUGAUCGGGGUUCCCUUGCUUGGAUUUAGUUGAUACUGAUACCCCAGUUGUUAGUGAUCUACCCAUUCCGAGCUCAUGCUAUCACCUAGGAUUUCCGUUGUUCUGUAUAGAGCAUGGCGCUGUGGAGAAUUUGCAGAAGUUAGUGAUGGGAAGUAGACUGUUUUUGAUACUUGGUAUUGACCAUGUAACUGGUAGGCGUUCGGAAAAUGACAAGACACAAGUAUCAAAAACCAAGCUGCCAGAGCAGCCGCGGAGGAUAGCUUUAUUUGCUUUUAAAGCAGCAGUUCGGGGUUCUCCAAAAGUUACCGUUGUACAUUGAGCCAUAAGCAGAUAGAAGUUAAAAAGGUCUUGGUUUUUCUCAUCAGAUGAGCGGCGACGGGUAUUUUUAUCGUUAGUUUGACAUAUUCUCAUUGUUCGAUUUAGGUUGUAUUUAUUUGUAUUUUUUUUUUUUUCUUUGUUAGAGGACAUGAGAUGUUCCCGUAUGUGAUUGGUGAGAUGUAUAAUCUUAAAAUGUUGGGCAUUCAUGUAUCAUAGAGGCAAUGCGCGUGUAUCUUAUGUUUAAUGCUUUGUACAAGUAACUUGUGUGUAAAAGCAAGAAAUAUUUUGGUCUUGGAACACAAAAGAUAUGGGUGGGAGAGUUUCAAUU